AUGCCACACGCGGUGCUGGUCGACGGCGUGCAGAUCAACGCGGAGCAGCGUGGUACUACAACCAUGACUGCGACGACUAGUGCUUCAGUUACCGCUGCAGAUGAAGUCCUGUUCACCGCGUCUGCAUCGUCAACGGCGGACUUGUCCAAGACGGCGCUGCUGUCGGAUCCACUGCUAUCGCGCGAGUUUAUUGUCGCGGGCGGGCGAUGGCGCACGGUCAGCUACCACGAGUUGCCAGAUUGGCUCAAGGACAACGAGCUCAUUCUCAACCACCACCGUCCGCAGCUGUUCACGUUCGCACAGUGCAUCGAAAGCAUCUUUCGCAUCCACUCCGAGACGGGCAACAUCUGGACACACCUCGUUGGCUGGCUCGCGUUUCUGGCCGUUUGUGUCGCGACAUUCAGCUACCACCUGGGUGACUAUCCGUGGGAGGACCACGCAUGCUUUGCCGCCUUCUUUGUCGGCCUCCUCGUUUGUCUCAGCAUGUCGACCACCUUCCACACCGUGUGCUGCCACUCUGUCAAUGUCGCUGCCGUUUUCAGCAGAUUCGACUAUGCUGGCAUUUCCAUGCUCAUCGUCGGUUCGACCAUUCCGUUCUUGUACUAUGCCUUCAAGUGCAACACAGUCGUUCGGUACACAUACACCGGAAUCUGCGUCUUCCUCGGCACAGCAUGCAUCAUCAUCUCCAUCCUUCCUCGAUUCGACACACCGCGAUUCCGCGUCCAUCGCAUGGUCACGUUCUUGUCGUUUGGUGUUUCGGGCAUUGUCCCUGGCAUCCAUUGCAUAGUUGUCAGCGGCUUCAUGUUCCAGGUCGAGGCUGCCGGCAUCGGCUACAUGCUGCUCAUGGGCGCGCUGUACAUCACUGGCGCUGUUUUGUACGCCGCACGCAUUCCAGAACGCUUCUUCCCCGGGAAAUGCGAUUUAAUUUUCCAAAGUCACCAAAUCUUCCAUGUUCUUGUGCUCGCCGCGGCUAGCGUACACUUUUAUGGCUUGCUCAGGGCGGCAGAGUACCACCACACGCACGACACUUGUGUAGCUUAG